CUGUCUCAAAUAAUUUUAUUAUUAGAAAGUUAAGUUUUUAAUCAGAAGGAUGUCACACUUGAAUUUUCUGGUAACGAUCGUGGAAUAAAGACUGAGCACCGGCAGCAGCUAGAUUGAUUGUUGGAUGAACAAAGAAUGUUCUUGCAUAUACGAGGAAGACUCUUCUCUUCCUCCUCUACACCCGAAAUUCCAUCACUUUACUCUUUCCUCCAACCCUCCAUCUUUGCCCUUAAACCCAAAACCCCAUCGCAAAACCCCUCCAACUUCCCAAACCAACAACAACAGCAACAAACCCUAACUCAAGACCACAUCCGUGAACUAGAAAUCUCUCUUCAGAAAUCCCUCCUCACCCACAGCACUGAUGAGGCCUGGAAGUACUUUAAGUCCCUCAUCAACAACUCUUUACUGCCAACCAAACCCCUCACCAACUCUCUCAUUUCUCACCUCUCCUCUUUCCAAGACACUCUCAACCUGAAGAGGGCAUUUGCCUCUGUUGUUUAUCUUAUUGAAAAAAACCCCAGUUUCUUAGAUUUUCAAACUGUGCAUACCCUUUUGGGUUCAUUGAAAUCUGCCAACACUGCUGCCCCUGCUUUUGCUUUACUCAAGUGUUUGUUUAAGAACAGGUAUUUUAUGCCUUUCGAAUUGUGGGGUCAUUUUCUUGUUGAUAUCUGUAGAAAUAAUGGUAAUUUUGUUGGUUUUUUGAGGGUUUUCGAAGAAUGUUGUAAGGUUGCUUUGGAUGAAAAGUUGGAUUUUAUGAAGCCUGAUUUAGAUGCUUGUAACACUGCAUUAGAGGGGUGUUGUUGUGGUCUUCAAUCAGUUAGUGAUGCUGAGAAAGUUAUAGAAACUAUGUCAGUGUUAGGUGUUAGGCCAGAUGAAUCGAGUUUUGGUUUUCUUGCUUAUUUAUAUGCAUUAAAAGGGCUGCAAGAGAAGAUAAUUGAAUUAGAGAAAUUGAUGGGCGGUUUUGGUUUCUCAAACAAAACUGUCUUCUAUCGUCGUUUGAUUAAUGGAUAUGUUAAGUCAGGUAAUUUAGAGUCUGUUUCGAGAACUAUCUUGCGUACUUUAAGUGAAGGAACAGGAGAAAGUUCAAAUUUUGGGGAAGAAACUUACUGUGAAGUGGUUAAAGGAUUUCUUCAAAAAGGAAGUAUUAAGGAAUUAACAAAUUUGAUUAUUGAAGCUCAAAAGUUGGAGCCUUCGGGGCUGGUUGUGGUUAGGUCCAUUGGCUUUGGUAUUGUUAAUGCUUGUGUUAAUCUAGGAUUAUCAGAUAAGGCACACAGCAUUCUUGAUGAAAUGAAUGCUCGGGGUUGUUUUGUUGGGCUUGGGAUUUAUGUGCCAAUUCUGAAAGCUUAUUGCAAAGAGCAUCGAACAGCUGAAGCUACUCAACUAGUUAUGGAUAUUAGUAGUUCAGGGCUUCAAUUAGAUGUUGAUAGCUACGAUGCUCUGAUAGAAGCUUCUAUGACGAGUCAAGAUUUCCAAUCAGCUUUUUCUUUAUUUAGGGACAUGAGAGAAGCAAGAAUAUCCAACUUAAAGGGGAGUUACCUCACUAUAAUGACAGGUUUGAUGGAGAACCAUCGUCCUGAAUUAAUGGCAGCAUUUUUGGAUGAAGUUGUUGAAGACCCUCGAGUUGAAGUGAAGACUCAUGAUUGGAAUUCAAUUGUCCAUGCCUUUUGUAAAGCUGGGCGGUUGGAAGAUGCUAAGAGAACUUUCAGAAGGAUGAUAUUCCUACGGUUUGAGCCUAAUGAUCAAACUUAUUUGUCCUUGAUCAAUGGUUACAUGACUGCAGAGAAUUAUUUCAGUGUUUUGAUGCUUUGGAAUGAGGUUAAGCGAAAAAUAUCAACUAAUGGAGGGAAGGGGGUUGAAUUUGAUCACAAUCUGGUUGAUGCAUUCCUGUUUGCUCUUGUUAAAGGGGGUUUCUUUGAUGCAGUGAUGCAAGUUGUGGAAAAAUCUCAAGAAAUGAAGAUAUUUGUUGAUAAGUGGAAGUACAAGCAAGCGUAUAUGGAAAACCAUAAAAAGCUUAAAGUAGCAAAGUUGAGAAAGAGGAACUUCCGGAAAAUGGAAGCACUCAUUGCUUUCAAGAACUGGGCUGGUCUCAAUGCAUAAAUUUUAAGUUACAAAUUGCAUUCACAUUCCAAGUCAUAGGAAUGAGUGACAGUUUGAUACUUUGCUACUUGGGUUUAAUAGUGGCUACUGCCUUAUGGGAUGCUGUUGGACAGUUAAAGAUGCAAGUGAAGGGUAUACAACCAUCAGCAGUUGGAACAAUUUCAGAAUUUUUCUGUUUGGAGCACCUGAUAUAUACCUUAUUGACAAUGGUUUUUGCUUAGGAUACCAAAAUUAGUGUUUGCUGAGCAUCACUGGAUGACCUGAGGAAUCUUUGAAAGACUAAAACUCUUAUUACUCUGUUGGGAUCAUGUGAUCCACCGAGUCUGGGCUUCUGCCUACCAUGCCUCCUCCUACUGAGGGUGGCUUAUUUGCAACAUGGUGACGGAGGGACAGUGUCAUAUUCAUUGCAAAUCAGGAUAAUUCAAGUUUUAUGGGCUAACUAUUAAUCAAAAGUUUUGUCUGCAGAUUGAACCUUUAGGCAUUAUGGAUGGAAGAGUUAGCUGGAAAAUUGAGUUGUAGGGGCUCAGUUUAGAUUUCUUUUGAGUGUCUACUUUCUCUUGAAAGUUGCAGGUAGUUAUUAUCCUGCAACAAAUAAGAAUGCCUCUCUACAUUAAAUGAUGCGCAUGUAGUAAUACAUCUGCAUCUGGAUAAUACUUUCAUAUGUAAUUUUUAUAAUGAAAUGUGAAAAUAUAUUGUGCCGAAA